GUGAAAGUGGAAAUUUCUCCACACCCUUUCGCGAACAAAAGGAAUUAAUCAUGAAGGUUUGGAUUUUGCAAUUGAUGGCUGUACUAUUAUGGGUGGCACUUCAUCACCAUCUCAUGGCAAACGCUCAUGAUAUUUAUCCACAUCCAGAGCCUAAGCCAAUAAUCGAACAGAAUAACACCGAUGAAGAUUGGAAGGUUAACUUUACUCAACAAAACGUAUCAGAAAUUCCAUUGGUCAUUUUUUGGCUAGAUGAUCUCUGCUUGGAAGCACACAUAUCCGACCUAAAUUUAGUGACAUGCAACGAAAGCGUAUUAGAGCAAAGAUGGCUAUUCUUUGACGAUUAUACUAUACGGCCUGCAACGCAACCAAGCAAGUGCCUGAUUGCUGAACCCCAAGUAGGAGGAAUUAUUUUCAUUGACCCAUGUAUCACUGUUCUCCCUGAGCGCAAAGUUUGGCACUAUCGACACACCGAUAAAGCCAUUGUGAAUGUGGCCAGUGGCUUGGUUAUGGAUGUGAGUUUUGUAAGAGACGAUGUAAGUCAGAUAUUCACGCUUAAUUUCAACUUUGGAACGCCUAGCCAGAAGUGGUAUACAGAACCAGUACCACUACCACCACCACCACCACCACCAUCACCGCCGCCGCCGCUGCCGGCUUUCUAUGCUCUGAGCAUAUCUACUUCUGUUACCUGCAAAAUUCAACGAGGGAAGACUAGAAAAAAGCUCUCCCUUGCUUGUACCCAAGAGGAAGAGACCAUCCACCAGUACGCACAAGCAACUCAGUCCUCUCUUAUUCAGACCCGUUAUAUAGUUCAUCCUUGUCACAAAGACUUCCUCUUUUUCCCUCACCAAAACACCAGCCCGUUACUGCCCAAAAUACCACCAGCCCAAAUCACGUUACUUUCCCUCACGCCCGCUACAGUCUUUUCCAUUACCAAAACACCAGCCUCCAGUAUGCGCAAGCAACUUAGUCCGCUCUCAUCUAGACCUGGAUUUGGCUACACAAGAAAUUCUCCACUAAGGAAUUCUUGA